AGUCUCAACCUUUGUCGCUGCAUUUUGUUUCUCUCGUUUUUUCUUCGAUUUGCUUCUUUUUCUUCGCGGCUCAGGUUACUCGUUUUUGUCAGCCAUGGCGAUUCCUUUCAUGGAAACCGUCGUUGGUUUUAUGAUAGUGAUGUACAUUUUUGAGACUUAUUUGGAUCUGAGGCAACUCACUGCUCUCAAGCUUCCAACUCUCCCGAAAACUUUGGUUGGAGUGAUUAGCCAAGAGAAGUUUGAGAAAUCACGAGCAUACAGUCUUGACAAAAGCUACUUUCACUUUGUUCAUGAGUUUGUGACUAUACUUAUGGACUCAGCAAUUUUGUUCUUUGGGAUCUUGCCUUGGUUUUGGAAGAUAUCUGGAGCUGUUCUACCGAGGCUGGGCCUCGAUCCAGAGAAUGAAAUACUGCAUACUCUUUCGUUCUUGGCUGGUGUUAUGACAUGGUCACAGAUCACUGAUUUGCCAUUUUCUUUGUACUCAACUUUCGUGAUUGAGUCUCGGCAUGGAUUCAACAAACAAACAAUAUGGAUGUUCAUUAGGGACAUGAUCAAAGGAACACUUCUCUCUGUCAUACUAGGCCCACCCAUUGUUGCAGCGAUAAUUUUUAUAGUCCAGAAAGGAGGUCCUUAUCUUGCCAUCUACCUGUGGGCAUUCAUGUUUAUUCUGUCUCUAGUGAUGAUGACUAUAUACCCAGUCUUGAUAGCACCGCUUUUCAACAAGUUCACUCCUCUUCCAGAUGGAGACCUCCGGGAGAAAAUUGAGAAACUUGCUUCUUCUCUAAAGUUUCCUCUGAAGAAGCUGUUUGUAGUUGAUGGAUCUACAAGGUCAAGCCAUAGCAAUGCUUACAUGUAUGGUUUCUUCAAGAACAAAAGGAUUGUCCUUUAUGAUACAUUGAUUCAGCAGUGCAAGAAUGAGGAUGAAAUUGUGGCUGUUAUUGCACACGAGCUUGGACAUUGGAAACUGAAUCACACUACGUACUCGUUCAUUGCAGUUCAAAUCCUUGCCUUCUUGCAAUUUGGUGGAUACACUCUUGUCAGAAACUCCACUGAUCUCUUCAGGAGUUUUGGAUUUGACACACAGCCGGUCCUCAUUGGUUUGAUCAUAUUUCAGCACACUGUAAUACCACUACAACAUCUAGUAAGCUUUGGCCUCAACCUUGUUAGUCGAGCGUUUGAGUUUCAGGCUGAUGCUUUUGCUGUAAAGCUUGGCUAUGCAAAAGAUCUUCGUCCUGCUCUAGUGAAAUUACAGGUGAGAGAAGACAAGAACAGAAACAAAGAAUGUUUCUUCGAUUUUUGCCUGCAUUACUUAAAAAGUUUUCCUGUUUGGGAUUUGCAGGAAGAGAACUUAUCAGCAAUGAACACUGAUCCAUUGUACUCGGCUUACCACUACUCACAUCCUCCUCUUGUUGAAAGGCUUCGAGCCAUCGAUGGAGAUGAGAAGAAGACUGAUUAAGUCCGUAUAUUUCCGGUCUCUUGUACGGACAAAUGACUUUUAAGGUGAAAAUUAAACCCAAAAAAAAAAAAAGUGAAAAACAAUAUAGGGACAGGCCUCUUUUGUUUGCUCUUACUUUUACAAUGGGUUUUUCUUAGUUACUACUACUAGUUUUGUGUGUUUUAAAGGUGGAACCACUCACUGUUCGAUAUGAUCCAUUCCAACCCAUCAUCAACCAUUUUUUUUCCCCUCGGAGUAUAGAGUAAAAAGUGGUUUCGAAAGUGACA